AUAGCCAGCAUUGCAGCUGCUGCCGGUCGCGCGCCAUUCCGUUUAGGCGGGCUUUUUGACCAGAGAACUUCGCGCGACGUUCGAAAUGCUUCACCCCACUGCUACUGGAGAAUUGUUGACAGACAACGAUCAGUUUCUUUCUUUUGCAAAGAGGUCCCAGACAGUUCGACGUGGGUAUGAGAUGGAGAAAGCUGCCUUCUUGCCCCCAUUUCUGCAGCCCUGGUCCUCACCACAGGCCACCUUUGACUUCUGGAACAGCAAUGAAAGAUCUGAAGUUCCCACCACCCCCUACAAGUUUCUCUGGACAGAGAACCACAUUGACGUGUCAACUGAGGCUGUGGGUGGCACCAUGGAGCAGGCCUCGUUUGAAGGCCUCAGAUGGCUAAGGGAUGCAGGACCAGGCCUGGAGAGACUUCCCACCCCUGCUGAGCUGAUGGGCCGCAGAAAGAAAGGGGGAGGGAGAGCAGCAGCUGAGGGCACUGAUGCAAUGCAGCACAAGGGGGCAGUGGUGCUGCAUCACAUCAGGGACCUCAAGAAGAGACAGGAUGCCAUUGACCAGUUGAAAAAAGAGAAGUGGUGGGGUUCUGCUGCAGAUCGUAAGAGUAACGCAACAGAGCAACUGGCCAUGUUGGUGACCAUGAGCCCUGGCCACCUGGAGACCCCAGAUGGCUCCAAUAGUUGUAUUGGGUGGGGGCAUAAUGCCGCCACUGGUGUCUUAUUCCCUCCAGUGUUUGACAAAAAGGAGGUGACAUUUGGUGGAUAUGAAAAGGAGCUAAGUCUUGUUCCAGGGGGGAAUCCUAUGCUGUCUUUUGUCUUAGCAAAUGCUGAACGGCAGGUCCAUGGUAGUCACUACAUACCAUACAGUUCCCAGAAGGAAUUCUGGAAAUUUAAGUAA